AUGAGUAAGCAUAUUUUACUUGGUUUAUUGUUGCAUAUAAUAAUUAGUAAUAUGUUUAUAUCAUGUAAAUUUUAUGAAAUAGUUAGAAAUAAAAAUAAACUGUUUUAUAUAACAUCCAUUGAAAAGCAAAAUACAGCUAAUAAUAAUAAUUUAAAAAAUAUAAAGCUUCUUAAAAAAAAAAAACAACAAUUUAUUUUGCUAAAAAAAAAUAAAAAUAAAAAUAUCAUAGUUAACUUAAAUUCGGUUUUUAAAAAAAACGGAAGGAAUAGUGAUCAUUCCUCUUUUUUGUGUGCACACAAUAGAGGGUCUGAAAAUUUUAUUGACAAUCCAUCAUAUAAUCCAAGGAAUGAAGACAACGAUAAUAAUGAUAAGUAUGUUGAAAAUGAUGUAAAUAGAGAGAUUGUAAAUGAAAAUAAAAUAAAAAUAAAACAAAAAGAAAUAUUUAAUUCAAGCAAUCCAGGAGGACACCAUGAUGAUGGAAACCAUGUUACCACUUACUCUCAAAAUAAUAAACACUUAAAAAAAAAUCGUGAAAAAUAUAAUCGCAAAAAAAAUGUACUAGUAUUAAACUAUAGCACAAGUGAUGAAAAGGAAACAAAUGAAAAGGAAGGAGAAGACACAAAGACGGAACCAGAAAAAACCGAAGCAGAAAAAGAUGAAACAAAAUAUAUGAACCAAUUUAUAAACGACUACAUGAAAAGAAAUGAAAACAUUUUAAAUGAUCCCGACCAAUUCAAAAACUUAGACAAAGAGAAAAUGUUAGAGGAAUAUAACAGAUUAGUAGAAACUUUAAAAAAAAGUAAUGAAGCUAUAAUGAAUAAAUAUAAAGAAAAUGAAAAAGAAAAUAAAUAUGAAUUAAAUGAAAGAACUAUAAAUAGUUCUAAUAAAAUUAAUAUUGAAAAAAUAAAAAAAAAUAUUGAAAAGUCAUUUACCCAAGAUCUAGGGGUCGAGCAAAAAAUACAAAACUACCUUGGAUUAUUUACACAACAAGAAGUAGGAUCUCAAAAUGCUGAGGAAGAUCAUGUAAAAAGUUCUCAAAACAAUGAUGAAACAAAAGCAGAAAAUAAAACAACCGAAUUUAUUACAGAAGCUGAAGAGGAAGAAAAUAGAAAUAUUUUAAAAACUGUUUUAAAAGGGAAUUACAAAGAUUUAAAUAAAUUUAAUUUUAAAUUUUCAAAGAAGGAUCUAGAAAUGAUGAAAAAUGUAGAUCAAGAAAAUGCUAAUGUAGAAGAAAAAAAAUUGAUAGAAGAAUUAUUUUCUAAAAUAAUAAAUGACCCAACGGCUAUAAAUAAUAUGCAUAAGAAAGAAGAGAAAUUAUUACAACUAUAUGAUAGACUAAAAAAGGAAAAUAAAAUAAAGAGAGAUGAAAAUAUAGAGAAUGUAAAAUAUUAUAACAAUAAAAAAGUAGAUAAAGAAAAGGAGGAAAUAAACGAUAACCAAACGAUAAUACCUAAAGAGACAUUAUUUAAUAAAGUUUCAAACAAGUUUGUUGAAAUUAGUGAAGAAGAAAUAAAUGAAAUGAGUGAAAUGCAAGUAAAAGAAGAAUUAAAAAAAAGAGGAUAUCCAACAUUUGGUACUAUAAAAGAAAUAAAAAUGAGACUAUUAGAUAUUAUGAAAAUUAAAGAAAAUCAUGAAUAUGAUAUUAGAAAAAUUGUUAAAAGUCCAGAAGAAAAUUUAUUAUCAAAUAUACAAUAUGAUAAGCUAAAAAAAAAUAUAAAAACUUAUAAAGAAAUGGAAAAAUAUGGAGAUACAGAAUCUAAACUUAAGAAAAUUGAUUCUGCUUUAGAAAUAUCGAAAUUUCUACAAGACCCAGUAGAUUAUUUAAGAAUAGAUACAACACAUAAAUUUGUAAAAUUAAAUGAUGAUAUAAAUGAAGAUGGUACUACUACACAAAAUGAAGAUAUUUCAAAAAUACCAAUUAUCAAUGAUGUAAAUAUUGACGAAGAAAUUUCAAUGGCAGAAAAGUUGAAAAAAAAUAUUAUCUUAGAUAAUGUAGAUCAAGAACCAAGUUCAAUUAAAUAUAGCAAUAAAGAUGAAAAUUUAAAUGAAGAAACAGAAGAAAUGUAUAGACAAAAUAUAUUAAAACAUGGAAGUUUACAAGAAACUAUAGAAGAAUUUCAUAUAAAACAUAAUUUAUGUCUUAAUUUUAUUGGUGAUUUUAUUUGUAAAUUUUCAAAUGCUCAUAUACAAGAUAUAAAUAAAUAUAGAUAUAAAACAAAAGAAGAAAUUGAUAAUCUUAAAAAUAAUGAAUUUGAAUAUUUAAUAAAUGAAUCUACAUUAAAUCAUGAUUUUAUUGUUUAUAAAUUUGUCAAUAAAAAUGAUUUAAUUAAAAAUUAUUUAACUACUAAAAAUAUAAUGACUUUAAUUGAAUAUGCCAACAUUUCAGAUCCAGUAGAUAUUAUACAUUAUUAUUCUCCUGAAACAUUAUUUAUGAUUAGUGAAGAAUAUAAUAUACCUAUAAAUAAAAUUAUAGAUGCAUGUACAUCUUUAAAUAUCAAGUUGCCAUAUGGUGGUGAUACGCACUUAAACAAAAAGUGCUUCAACACCCUGACAACUUAUUUGAACAGACGAUAUGGGUCAUGA